AUGGCCUCCAAAUACUCGAAAACGGGGAAAGGUGUCUUCAUCACUGUUGGCACCACCGCUUUUGACGACCUGAUCACGGCUCUCCUCGUCCCUAGUAUCAUUACCCAGCUCCACGGGCUCGGAUUCAACGAAAUCAGGGUUCAGUACGGCAAGGGCAAAGAUGUUUACGAUGCUGCGUUUACUCCAGAGUUCAAGAGCACGGUCAACGAAACCAGAAUGUCAAUCGCCGGAUUCGAGUACGAGGAGAGCAGCAGGAUCACUGAACUCAUCAAGGAGGCGGACUUGAUCAUUAGCCACGCCGGAUCUGGCACUAUUCUUGAUGCCCUUCGAUAUCAAAAGGCAAUUAUCGUCGUUCCGAACGAAUCCCUGAUGGAUAAUCAUCAAGCCGAACUGGCCAAUGAGAUGUCAAAACAGAAAUACGUGAUCCGAGGUAAAUUAGAUCAAUUCGCCGAGAAUAUCACGCAGGCCCAGAGCUACAGAUUCAAGCACUUCCCUCGAACUGGGAGCAAAAAAUUCGUCGAAGUUCUAGAAGAUGAGAUUGAAAAAGCAGAAAAAGAUAAAAUGUACGGAGAAGGAUGA